AUGUUAGGGUUUCUCAAACGGGUUCUAGGGGGCGGCCGCAAUGACGUGUAUGGGCUGGACCACGCGGUGCUCAAUGUGCAGCUACCACUGCAGACUAUGUGGAUGAACAUGGGAUAUUGGGAGUCAACAUCUGAAUUCCCACAGGCCUGCCAAGCUCUGCUAGACCAGGUUCUGGCAGCAGGCCUGUUAAAAGACAAAAGCCCGUCUAUCAGAGUCCUAGACGUGGGAUGCGGAUGCGGUGAUCAGUCCCUCCACCUACUUAGUCUCAGAAAGGGCUCUUCAAACAAACCCCAGUCCGAACUUACCACUGCCGUUCGACAGCGUUCUGGUCAAGAAUCUCGCCGGGAUGAUUCACCGCUGAUCGAUACUUACAUCGGAAUUACUCUUGAGCCCGCACAAGCCGAACUCGCACAAUGCCGAGUCCGUGAUGCCCGUCAUGAUUUUGAGAAACCCUUGACUCGAACAUCUGCAGAGGUCUUCCGCGCCGAUGCUUCCAAUCCCUCAACUUGGUCUGCAGAGCUACGGGACUCUGUGAGCAACGUUGCUGCUUCCUCGAAGGAUGAUGAUACUUCUACAUGGGUCCUGGCUCUCGAUACAAUGUAUCACUUCCGACCAUCACGUCUCCCUCUUCUUCAAUAUGCGCAUGAUACUCUACACGCCUCCUUCAUGGCUUUUGAUCUCGUUCUGUCAGAGGGCGCAUCUUGGCAAGAACGGCUUGUUCUGCGACUUGUCUGUUGGCUCACGGGGUCGCCGUUUAGUAAUUUUAUCACCGAGGUAGAUUAUCUAUGCAUGUUAGAGAAUGCGGGGUAUGAUAUUUCUGAAAUUUCUAUUAGGGAUGUUUCGAGGCAGGUGUUUCCCGGAAUCUCGGGAUGGCUCAGUCGGAGGGUCAAAGAGGCUCAGCCAUUCGGUAUGAAGAUGGGUAAGUUCCGUGCGGCUGGGAUUGUGUUUGGCUGGUGGGCGAGGAGUGAAGUUGUUCGGGGUGUUGUGGUUGUUGCUAGGAGGUAA